UGCAAAAUGCGGAAGUACUAUAACUUGUUAGAUAAAAAUGUGCUUAUAAUUCAAAUUUGAGCUGAAAGAUUCACGUUAUUUUUACUUCUGUUCGCUUUAACUACAAACUGACGUUUCCUACGAGCCGUUCACAUCUCGUCUUACCAAAGAAGGAACUGUAUUUUACGAUGCCACGCGUCCUAUAUGAGCACCAUUUUAUUGUGUCGUGAAAUUUUGACUGUCUGAUUAUUCGUAUCAAGAGUAUUUUUCUCAUUUUACUAUUCGUUUGGUCUUAUUGAAGCUUUUAUCUAAGAAUGGAAAGAAGAUACUUCAUAAAUGGGUUUACUAGUGAGCUUCGUACGAAUAAUCAAGCUCCUGUUGCACAAAAAGGAGAAGAAGUACUAGACUGUAGUCUACGAAGGAAAGAAGACAAGAUAUCUGGAUCUUCGUACCCAGCUUCGCUUAGUUCUAGUAAAGAUGAGCAUGGAUCUCAGUAUAGCUCGUAUAAUUCUCUAGAACAAGCACGAAUAAACGCAUAUUUAGAUGAUGUUAAUCGUCUGCGAUGUAAUAUAGAAGAAGUCCAUCCAGAUGUGGACGACGAAAUGGCGAGCGAAAAGAAACGUCUUGAAACUUUCAAUCAAUGGCCAAAAGAGUCUCCAGUCAAACCUAUAGACUUAGUGAAAGCUGGGUUUUAUUAUACAGGCCCUGAGGAUCGAGUGAGCUGUUUUUCUUGUGAUUUACAACUUCAUGGUUGGGUCGAAGGAGAUAAUCCUUUUGAAGAACACAAACGUCUAAAACCAAACUGUAUUUUUAUCUUCGAAACUGAAAGAGAAAAUUACGCAGUUACAUGUCAUGGAGAGCCUGUCUCAACAGAAGUUAUAUCAGGAAACAACCCUUUAAGACAGCUGCCAACUACAAGGCCUUAUAUUGAAGAGCAAUACAAGGAGCAAAGCUUCAAAACUUAUAAUCCAUCUAUUGUGAACUCUGGAUACUUUGAACCUAGAUUUCAAACACCGAGUACAGCACCUUAUUAUCUAUCCCACGUAAAUCCCUUGUUACAACCUCAACAGGCGGCUUUACAAGAGAGAUAUCUGCAACAACGACAAGAACCUUUAAAUCCUUAUAGAGAUCCAAGAUCAUUGGUUAGUCAAGAGUUGUCGUCUAACAGAAGUGAACAGUUCAUUUCUGCCACUGGUAACAGUUUACCAUUUUACGACCCCCGACCAACAUAUCAAGGAUACCCUCCAGUGAAUUAUCCUAGUUCAGUUUCACAGAACUGGUACCCUCCACAAACCAAUCCUUAUUUAAAAACUCCUGAUGAGUUUAGUAUGGCUGCAAUAAGGCCUAGUGUACCACGACUACCUCAUACCAGGUUCUCAGGCAUUGACUAUUAUAGAUUUCCAGCAGUUACUCAGGAAAGGUUGGCUCCAGCUUCUGGUAGGGUUCCUGCUUCUGGCCAUCAUCCUCCUCCUCAUUAUAAUAAAAAUUCUGGCAUUCCAGUGUUGCAUCCAAUGCCCAGUGAAGAACCUCGUGUACGCACAGAGGAUGCUUUACACAUUACUUCUCCAAAAGACCUUCAAAGUGAGCACCACAGGAUGACUACAUUUGUGGAUUGGCCAGAGGACUGUCCAGUUCGACCCUGGGAGCUUGCCUCUGCUGGUUUCUAUUAUCUUGGAAAUCAAGAUAAUGUUAAAUGUUACAAGUGUGCCAUUAUGCUUCGAAAUUGGGAACCACAUGACACACCUUGGGAGGAGCAUAAACGAUGGUCCCCUGAUUGCUCACUGGUUAUUGCACACUAUAAGGGCAAACAUGCUUAUCGACCUGUAGAAGAUCAAGAACAAGUCCCAACAAGAAUUCCCAGCUCCACUAGCCAAGCUAAAGAGCAAAUUUAUCCAAAGUCUGCUCAGCCACAAAUAUCACAGUUUGAACAACAGGGGAGAAAUACACACUGGCGUCAAAAGGUUGGAGUGGCUAGUUCUGCAGAGAUUCGGCAGUCAACGCAUCCAAGCUACUAUUCUUCUCAUCCCCAAGAGAGGACCCAGGAUUAUCCCAGGACAUUUUAUAAAGAGCAAGAGAACACCUCAUCUUCUCAUCACUGUAUCCCACAUGUACCUGAACAAGCACGAAGGAGACAUCUAGAAGAGGAGAUUUUGUCUAUGAAUGAAAGUAGAAGCCCACAGUUUAGUGCAGUCUCACACGAGCCAGUUAUUUCCACUUCUUCUGCCCAGACUACUGCUCAAAGCAGUCCUCGAAGCUCCGGACAAGCUGUUUCAAACCUCUCUCAAAUUCCUUCAACUGAAGUUUCUUUUUGUGAAACUAAUGUAGAGAGUGAAGAUCUAAGCGCCAGCGAUGUCUCAAGGGCAAUGGAAAUGGGAUUCACAAGGGAUGCUAUUGAUGAAGCCAUUGCCAUCAAAACUCAAAGAACUGGAAAUGGGUUCACAAAUCUAGAUGAUCUAAUGCAAACACUUCUUGACAAUCAAAGUAGCACUUCUUCUGCACAGCAAACAGGUGGAACGUGCAGGCCUGACCCAGAACCCCAAGUCAUUGAUAGGAAUGUGGAAAACGUGGACCAAAGAGAGCAAGCACAAUUAAACUUAGGUCUAGUGCAUAGUAUAUCCUAUCAUCAGGACCCAGCAAAUGGUUCAAAACAAGUAUUAAAAAGAUCCAACAGUGCACCCCCAGGCUCAGCCACUAAGAAUGGUACCCUGAGCACGUCAACACAAGAAAUGGAGAGAACACAAGAGGAAAGGUUGAUCUGCAAAAUCUGCAUGGAUGCUGAAGUUGGCAUUGUGUUUCUUCCUUGUGGACACAUCAGUUGCUGUCCAAACUGUGCAUCUGGGCUUGACCUGUGUCCUAUGUGCAGAAACCCUAUUGUGAGGAUGCAUCGCACAUUCUUAUCCUGAAAUGUUGCUGUGCUUUUUACCAAAAUGUUAAAUGUAUCUAUUUUGAACUUUACAAAGAUAGACAAUUCUCAAUAUAUAGAAUUGAAUAAAAAUGUUCUUACCAAUCUAAAGCAUAUAAAUUGGAGUGAUUUCAUUAAUGAUUAAUGGCAGUUAUAUUAAAAAUAUAUUAAAAAUUGUAGUUAUUGUAACAUAAUGAGCUUGAAAUAUCUGCCCUAAUUGAUUGUUACAAAGGUUAGUGAAACAAAAAUGACAUGUACAGAAUUUGUAGUUGUGUGGAUUGCAGUAGAGUGAUUAUAUUUAACCUGUGAAAAAAUAUUAAGCAUUAUAGUACUUGUAGACUCUAAACACAUUGUUUUCUUUUUUUAUAACUUUAUCCGCUAGUACUAACUAAAUAGUCAUUUUUCUUUCAUGGGUUAGAUAGCUGUAACAAGUAAUAGACAAAUUAGACUUACAUAGGUUGUUGUAUACCUGUGAUAGUUGCAGGCAGAUUAUGAUAAAAUAAAGAAUGAUUUAUAGUACUAUAACCAUGAAAAUACUACACUGUGUGACGUGCUACUAGAGUGCAUUCAUGUAUCAGCGAAAAGCUUUGUAAGAAAUUGCACGAAUUUGCCCAAAUUAGUAAGGUCUAGUGAGUUCAGUAAACAAUGACUUUGCCCUAAUUUGUA